UAUGCCUGACAGCCUUUAAAAACAGGAACUCGGGAAGUUGCAGCAUUCAGUUUUUCCUCUGUAGCAAUGCCUGAGCCGAAAGCUGCCCCUGCUCCCAAGAAGGGCUCUAAGAAAGCCGUUUCUAAGAGCCAAGCUAAGGGUGGGAAGAAACGCAGAAAGACCAGGAAGGAAAGCUACUCCAUCUAUGUGUACAAGGUACUGAAGCAAGUUCAUCCCGAUACGGGUAUUUCCUCUAAGGCAAUGGGGAUCAUGAACUCCUUUGUGAAUGAUAUCUUCGAGCGUAUUGCUGGUGAGUCUUCUCGUCUUGCGCACUACAACAAGCGCUCGACCAUCUCUUCCCGGGAAAUCCAGACUGCUGUGAGGCUUCUGUUACCGGGAGAAUUGGCUAAGCACGCAGUGUCCGAGGGCACCAAGGCAGUUACCAAGUACACCAGCUCCAAGUAAACUGCAAAACUGAUUCUGCUUGAAACCAACGGCUCUUUUCAGAGCCACCCA